GGCUACGCUUGCUCUUUCUCUGGGAAAAUUUCACUACAAGUUGUGCAACAGCAGGAUAGUUCCCUGUGGAGCUCAGGAAAGUGGACCAUCACUUAUACACCUGGAAGCAACACCUGAGCUUUGAUGUUUGUUUGUUUUUUUUUUUUUUUAAUUUUCAAAGAUGACUUAUCACCAUACUUGGAAGUAUUCUGCCUUGCCAAAGCUUUUUGGAGGACCUACAGGCAGAUUUCAAAAUGAGUGAAGACUGUUUAAUGUGAUGUGUGAAUGACCGUUUGGCCUCGUCACUGAAUAAUGGAGGCCUCUGGAGUACAGACGUGCACUUUGGAACCUUUAUAAUGAAUCAUGGAGGAGAACAGCACAUUUUUGACCCCUGAGUACAAUGACAGCGCCCCUGAAUGGGCACCGAUGCCCUCGGCUCCCAGCAGACGUCUGGGCACUCUUCCAAACCCACAAACACGCUUCAAGGACCUGACAGGGAUAUUUUUCAUGGUGACCCUGAAUGUUCUGGCACUCCUGGCUAACACUGCUGUUCUGGUGGUUGUUAUGAAAGCCCCUCAUCUCAGGAAAUUUGCCUUUGUGUGUCACCUCUGUGCAGUGGACCUGCUGUGUGCCAUCCUGCUCAUGCCACUUGGCAUCGUAUCCAGCUCCCCGUACUUUGCCGGUGUGGUGUUCACUGUGCUGGAAUGCCAGGUCUACAUCUUCCUCAAUGUGACUCUCAUGGCUGCCUCUAUCUUCACCAUCACAGCCAUCAGCGUGGAACGCUAUUAUUACAUUGUCCACCCCAUGCGCUACGAGGUGAAGAUGACUCUGAAGCUGACCGCAGCAGUGGUGGUGAUGGUGUGGGUGGCCUCCGCCGUGCUGGGGCUGUCCACCGUGUUUGGAUGGCCGCCUCAUGGCAGCUUUGGCUCCAUCAGCGCUGCACAGUGCUCGCUGUACUGGAGCCACAGUGACCACAGGCGCAUUUUCUCCGUGCUCUUCAGCGUCACCUGCUUCUGCGUGCCUGCUGUUGUGAUUUUUGCCGUCUACUGUAACGUGUACAAGGUGGCUCGCGUGGCGGCUCGACAGCACGGACCUCUGCCGUCCUGGACAAACAGUCAGCUGAAGCAUCGGUCUGACUCGAUAAACAGCCAGACUACCAUCAUCACGACACGCAACGCCCCCCGCAGGUUUAAGCGUGAGCGGCCUUUUGGUGGCGGCAAAGCUGCCCUCACCCUGGUGGUUAUUGUUGGACAGUUCCUUAUCUGCUGGCUGCCUUACUUUGCCUUCCACCUCCGUUUGAUACUGGACACAUCACCGCAGAUCCCAGAGGACCUGGAGGAAACGGUCACCUGGCUCGCAUAUUCCUCGUUCGCUGUUAACCCAUUUUUCUAUGGACUUCUCAACCGGCAGAUCAGGGAGGAGCUUUGUAAGCUGAGGCGCUGCUACUCUGCCCGGCCCAUGGAGUUGGCCGUGUCCAGCCACGAGGGCUCAGGCCACGAGAACUUCCUGCAGUUCCUCCACAGGACCAGCUGCACAUUAGAGACACGCGCGAGCUUUGCCACGUCCAGUCCGAGAAGCACUCUGGAUCAAACCGGACAGGCGGCUUUCAGGAUACCAGGACAGAUCCCAGAAGAGUUCAGCUAGAUAUACCUCAGUGUUGUGCCACAGCUUUAGUAGUCUGCAAGGAUAAUAAUAAUAGUAAUAAUAAUGGUAAUGACUGAAGCACAAUGUUACUUAAUGAUGUUUGAUGAUGAUAUGUGCAAAGAUUGAAAUACAGAAUUAAAAAAUAAAGACUGUCUUUCAAAUAUAAUAAACAUUAUUCCUUUUAUCUAAAGAUGUAGUAAAACACUGGGAUAUUAAUGGACUUCUUCUUAAAAUAGUUUUCACUGUAUUCGUGAUAAAUGUUGCAGCGAUGCAGUUGCCUGUUACUGAUGGAAAGUUGCUAUUUACGUGCAAUCAAUAUUUGAAUCUAACACAAUGAAGACAAAGUGGUGUGGUGGUUAGAGGUGCAGCUUGGAGGCAGAAGGGUCACAGGCUCGCCUCCCAUCCUGUCCAUGGCUGUGGUGCCCUGAGCAAGCACCGAGCCUGGCCUACCUCAGGCUGCAGCCCACUCACACUACUGUGUGAACAAAUGGACAGAAUCAAUUAUUAUUAUUAUCAUCAGAUUUACACUUGAAGUCAAUCAUUUUAACAAUAAUCCUGAUCUCUGAAGACCGCUUGCUUUUAUACUUUAAAUAUGACUAUAGACUCUUUGUACGAGUAAUUAGAACACAAUCAGUUGUUGUAUUUAUCCUACAGGAAUUCGUGUACUGUAUUUAUUGCUAUGAAAGGAGGAGACAUAUUGCUUUUUGUUUAAAAUGUUACUUCUUAUUGAUUUCAAUGUGCAAAUAAACAUUUGUUACGUUGUUAA